AAAGACUCCCAACAGGCCAACACCUUACACUUGCUCUCAUCAUGGAAGAACUGUUAUCCUGUCAAUCUCCGGCCGUCGGACCUCAAAAUAUUCGGCAGAAAAUCAGCCGGAGACCCUUGCAGCCGAGGAAUUUUCUGGUGGAUCCAAUUGAUGAUCAGUUGAAGACGAAUUCCAAACCUAAACGGAUAGAGAUCUCGCUGGCAGGCGACUCGGAUAAGGAGAACCGUCUGAUCACUUCAACGCCAUCCAAGAACGUAUCUUUAGAUGCAUCUCUUGCAGAGGAACUGAGUUCGAUCCGGAAGAAGCUGGAACGGUUGAGAUUAGAGAAGGAAAAGACAGAGAAGAAAUUGAGAGAGAAGGAUCUACUGUUGGAUAUGCAUCUGAUGGAACUCCAAAGGAGAGGUGAAUCGCAGAAGCAGGUCGAGAUAAUGGUCGAGAAGCUGCUGGCACUGAAGAAACUCCAGUUUUCCUGCAUUAGAAUCACUCCCAUUCAAUCACUCAGAGAAAAGGAACAAGAAAAGAAGCUUAAGGAAGUUCAAUUGCAUUCAAAGGAAAUGAAAUCUGAUGAGAGAGAAUGUGCCAACGCCAUGGAGAGAGAGAAAUUUGUGGACAGAAAACCAGAGCUGGAUCCUUCAGCUGAUGAAGUACCAGAGAAGGCACCGGAUUCGUAAUGCACAAGUGGAACAAUCCCUCCAUGUCCCACUCCCAGAGUCCCCAGGAUGGC